CUAUCAUCCUGCUGGUAUAAGAACCUUUUUAGCAAGGAUGGUCUCUCUACAUUUGUGCUGAGCUACCCACAGCUGUCUCAGGUUUUAUCGCACCUCGUUGCUGGAAGAGACACCGACCGACACCGACGAUAUGGCCUUCCGUGGAACGUGGCAAGUGUAUGCUCAGGAGAACUACGAGGAGUUCCUCAGGGCCAUCUCACUCCCAGAAGACGUUAUCAGUCUGGCUAAAGACAUCAAGCCCAUAACUGAGAUCAAGCAGAAUGGCAAUGACUUUGUCAUCACGUCCAAAACACCUGGCAAGUCGGUCACUAACUCCUUUACCAUUGGUAAAGAGGCUGAUAUCACCACGAUGGAUGGCAAGAAGCUCAAGUGCACUGUCAGAAUGGAGGGCGGAAAGCUGGUGUGUAACACAGAGAAAUUCUCCAGCGUCCAGGAGCUGAACGGAGAGGAGAUGGUUGAGACUCUGACUGUGGGCUCCACGACACUCAUCAGAAGGAGCAAAAAGAUUUGAAGUCAUAGGUUAUUUAAAUAAAUCUGUCACUUGA